AUGAACAUGAGGAGGUGCAUAUCUUGCGAGGGCGGAUAUGAUGCAGGCACCUGCUGCAAGCAGUGCCACGAGGACCUCAAGGCCAAGGUCGCUUUUCUCACGAUGUCCCAGCCGGCUUUCUUUUCCGACGUCAUUCUGUUUGCCUCCUCCGACGAGAACCCUGUACCCAUUCCGGCCCAAAAGGCCGUUUUGGGGGAUCGUUCUCCAGUGUUGAGAGCCAUGCUUGAGAAUGAGAUGGAAGAACGCCUGAGCGGCACCAUCAAGAUUGGCGAUGUCUCCUACGACGCUCUUCGUGCCUUCAUCAACUACCUCUACACAGCUGAGGUAUGCUUUGACCAGCAAUUGGCCUGUGAUCUCCUAGUAAUGGCUGACAAAUACCAGGUGCCGCAUCUCAAAGACUUGUGCCAGAAGUUCUUGGUGGCCAACCUCAACUGGGAAAAUGCAUUUAUGAUAUAUACCUUUGCACACCAGCAUGAUGCCAGGCAGAUCAUCGAUACAGCCUUGGCGUUGAUCACAAACAAAAUGGACAAGCUUUCUGCCCGGAAGGAGUAUGAGGAGCUCAAGGAGAGAGAUCCGCGACUCAUAUUCGAAAUAUAUGAAGCUUAUUUCUCCAAACAAGCUAACACUACAAAAUACGUCAUCAAUAGUAACGUUACUACUUUGGGAAACCCCGGCGCGGAUUGGUGUCAGGUUCCCGUGACACGUUGGUGA